CAUAUCUGUGGAUAGAAUGACCCAUUUCCAGGCRAAGACCCGAAAAAAAAUAGAACGAAGAGGAAUAUGGCAGUAAGCGAAGCCGGUAAGAUAAAAAAUAAUACAGUCGUACCCUACUGUAAUGCAGUGAAAACGCACGCUACAAGUAGGCCUUCUCUCCCGAACCCGUACUAACCGGUGUCAUCAUUCUCCACCUUAUGCUCAUACUCGAUURUUACAGUUUAAUCCCAGGAGGAUCGUCAAGGACAGUUAACAGAAAGAAAGCAACCGAAUAGCGACAACAAUGGGUGAUAAGAAAGACAAGAAGAAGAAGUCCAAGAAGGACGACGAUAAGGACAAGAAGAAGAAGAAGUCGAAGAGCGACGACGCCAGCGCUGCCAGCGGCGGUACUGAGGACAAAAAAGCCAAAAAGGGCAAGAAGGAAAAGGAGGACAAAAAGGGUAAGAAGGAUAAGAAGGGAAAGAAAGAAGAAGCCAUCCCAGAGGAAUCAGCUCMUGAUGAGAGCGUAGCAUCUGAGAAGGUUGAAGAGCCACCACCGGCUGAGGAAGAGCCACCUCCACCGCCCAAAAAGAAGGAGAAGAAGGAGAAAAAGAAGAAAAAAGAACGACAACGUUCGGUUGAAGAGGUGGAAGCGGCGCAAGCUAUUGAAAUCCAGCUUUUCCAACCUGACGAACCCGACCUUCCGACCAAAGGUGCCAAAAAAUACGGUGACGUCAAAACCGACGCUCAGAAAAAGCAAUGCAAGAAGACCUACAAGUUUCUCAACUUUGAUCCGUGGAACGAAGCUACUCGAUACGAUGACGAUGAUCUUUGCGAUUACGUAAUCGAAUAUCCCGACGGAUGCAAGGUGAAAUACGAAUUCGAGGGCUUCAGUGGUUGCAUCUAUCCUUUCUUGAUGUGUUUCGCCCUGAAAGCCUCCACCGAUACCGUCGAAGUKGUCUACGAUGCCUACCCGAAAGCUCUCAAGGAAACCGACUUUUGGAUUGGAAAUGCSUAUCACUACGCCGCUUUGUAUGACGCGCCGAUCCCAAUUGUAAAUUUCCUCCUGACUAAGUUUCCCGAGGGUAUCAAGACAACCAAUUACUACGGCCGCACAGCCCUUCACAUGGGGGCGCUCUAUGGUUGUGACGAGAACCUUAUCGAACUAUUGGCCGGAAAAUAUAGCAAGGCGUGCCAGAUCGUAGACAAGGACGGAUACACCCCUCUGCAYCAUGCCUGUGAACGAGGUGCCGGAUCGACUGUUGUCAAGGCCCUAUUCGGUAAACACCCGGCCAUUGUCUUCCACAAGGCGGUGAAUGACAUGAUGCCGUUGCACCUGGCAUGCAACUCAACCUCAAACGUGCGCGUGAUCCGUGCGCUCUUGCUGGCCGCAGGGGAUAAUUCCAUCUGCAGAGCCGUUGAUGUCAUGGGCAACACACCCUUGCACUUGGCACUCACCAGUGUCGCUCCCUACGAAUCGAUCGAAUUACUUGUUGCUUCGUGCCCCGAGACGGUCUGGACAAAGACCACGAAUGGAGAACUCCCUCUUGAAAUUGCUCAGCGCAAGCGUGCCCCACAGGAUGUCUUGCAACUACUAGAGAAAAUGAUGGAGCGACUUUUGGUGGAAAGAGAUUAAUGGAUWAGUUAUUUAGAUAACGCGGAAGGAGAUAAAAAUUUGAGUAGUUUAAUGGAAUGCAACAAUGAUGCGCUGGAUGAAGAAUGAGAGACAGUUAGGACGGAAGGAGAGAAGACUUCGCUUCAACCUUGGAGUGCGACGCGAGCGAUCGUCGAGCGGUACCUUUCAUUUUCCUCAAGUCUAGUAMGGCGACAGGUUUCACCAGCAUAAAAUUAUGAUCAUUUGAAAUCUUUAUAAACUAGAUUCUUUUAA